AUGUCCACUUCAAACUUUGAUCAAACCAUUCACUCUCUCGUUUCAAAACUCGUUCCCUCUCAACGUUUCAUGAUUUAUGGAUGCUAUGGCUACACUGGUGAAUUAAUUGUCAAACUCGUACGAGAGUAUGGACUUUUAAAAAAAGUUGUACUUGCAGGUCGGAAUCGAGAACAAUUAGAAGACAUGUUAAAACGUCAAAAAAUUGAAAAAUCUGAAGUCGAAUAUCAAGUAUUUUCAUUGGAUCAAGAUUCGGAAGUGAUUGAUGAACAAGUGAGAAAGGUCGAUUUGGUCUUGUUGGUUGCAGGACCUUUUGUUUCAACUUCGAAGGCAAUUGUUGACAGUUGUUUGAGAUGUGGAGCUCAUUAUUUGGAUAUUACUGGAGAAUUCCCUGUAUUCCAAAGCAUUCUCGAAAAUGAAACUGUCAAAAAACAAGCCUGUGAAAAAGACAUUAUUCUCAUGCCAGGUGUUGGUUUUGAUGUCGUUCCCACUGAUUGUCUUGCCAAAACUCUCGAAGAAGCUUUCACUUCUAAAUUUGGUAAAGAAAAAGCCACCAAUCCCAAUGCUCAACUCGAACUUGCCAUCAAUACCAGCAAUGGCGCACAAACUUCUCGUGGUACCACAAAAAGUGCUGUCAACAUGUUGAGAAGUGGUCAAUGGGGAUUUCCAGAACGAGUUCAAGGUGUCAUUAAACCAGUGCCUCGCGUCGUAAAGGAAUUCCCAUUUUACAAAAAUGGAAAAGAAGGAUUUGAAAAUUCUGAAAUCAAGCAAGUGACCUGUAUGAGUGUUCCUUGGGGAGAUAUAGCCACGGCAUAUGUGAGCACUGGAGUUCCAAAUGUGAGAGUUUAUUUUUCAUCAUCCAAGAAUGCUGCAACAGUGGCCAAAAUUAUGAAUAUUUGGUUGGUCAACUUUUUAUUCUUUUUAUUCUUCAAUUUACCAUUCGUCGUUCCAUUGAUCUUUAAACUCAUUGAUUGGCUCAUGCCAAAAGGACCUGAAGAAAGUCCUGACUCGAGAAUUCAAAUUUAUGGCGAAUUGACCUUUCAAGAUUCUACAAAUAAGAAUUACAAAGUGUGUGGAAGAGCACAGACUCGAGCUGGUUACUUGUUUACAGCAGAUAGUGCCUUAUUGAUUACAUUGAAGAUUUUAACCAAGACUGGAUUGAAGAAACAUUCAGGAUGUUUGACACCAUCGUUGGCGUUUGGAGCUGAUUUUUUGAAUGAAAUUGGUGGAUGUAAGGUUGAGAUUGUUGAGUAA